UUCUGUUUGGGAGCAUGACCCAUACCUACUGGAGUAGGUAAAUGCCAGCUCGAAAUUGAUGCUGAUUCACAGACGGGUACGGAUGCAUACCACAAAUCGAAUGUUGCUCAGUUGGUACCUUAGCUGGGUAAUACGGAUAUGCGCGCGGAAUCUAAUCCCGCUAUUACCACUACCUUGUAGAAUUGUUAUUGUGUUACGUUAAAUAAAAGAAACAAAAAAUCUCCACUAUUCAAUUAUCUUCUGUCCCUUUUGUAUAUAAUGAACUGAGGUCCCGGAGAUUUCUGUUCCUUCAUCUCGUCUUCCUGUUUCUCAGCUCUUCGCGUAACAAAACCAAAAACCAUGGCCACCGAGGAGGCAGCAGCGGGGGUUCAUGUGCUCAUGGUCGCUUUUUCCUCUCAAGGACACAUCAACCCGAUGCUCAGGUUAGGGAAACGUCUUGCUUCUAAAGGUCUUCACGUCACACUCGCCAGCACUGAGAUUGCACGCCACCGUAUGCUCAAAGCCAUCGCCAAUAAUUCUACCACCGCCAGCAGUAAUAGCAACAACGUUGAAGCCACUGACGGUACCACCACAAUCCGACUCGAGUUUUUCUCCGAUGGGUUUAGCCUCGACUACGACCGUGGGAAAGAUGUCGACCACUACAUGGAUUGCCUUGCAAAGUUCGGCCCUGAAAAUCUCUCCAACCUCAUUGACAAUCUUUCCAGCACAAAUGGUCAGAAAUUUUCCUGUGUCAUUAACAAUCCUUUUGUACCUUGGGUUGCCGACGUCGCGGCUCGUCACAAUAUCCCCUGUGCCAUGUUCUGGAUUCAGCCUAUCUCCCUUUACGCCAUUUAUUACCGUUUCUACAACGAAAUGAAUCCCUUCCCCACGUUAACCAACCCAGACAUGAGUGUACGCUUACCUGGACUUCCAUCUUUGCAAACAGAAGACUUGCCGUCGUUCGUUCUACCAUCAAAUCCUUUUGGUAGCUUCCCCAAGAUGUUCCGCGAGCUGUUCCGGAAUUUGAAGAAGGUGAAGUGGGUUCUGGGUAAUUCCUUCUACGAGCUAGAGAAGGAUGUGAUCGAAUCCAUGGAGCUCUACCCGAUUAGACCAAUUGGCCCAUUAGUACCGUCGGCCUUGCUGGGUGAAGGUGACGGAGAACAACGCGACAUCGGCUUUGAGAUGUGGGCAGCUGAAGAAUUGUGCAUCGAGUGGCUGGACAAGAAGCCGCCUUCCUCGGUUGUAUACGUCUCGUUCGGCAGCAUCGUGGUGCUAUCGGCGAAGCAGAUGGAGAACAUCGCGAUGGCUCUAAAGAAGAGCAACCGUCCGUUCCUAUGGGUGGUGAAGCAGCCAGAGCACGCGGUCUCUGAUGGCACUGGACAGUUACCACCUGGGUUCUUAGAAGAGACAGAAGGGAGAGGGCUGGUGGUGUCAUGGAGCCCUCAGACGAGAGUGCUGGCUCACCCAGCUGUCGCCUGCUUUAUAAGUCACUGUGGAUGGAAUUCGAUGUUAGAAACGGUGGUGGCUGGGGUGCCGGUGAUCGCUCUCCCACAGUGGACGGACCAGCCGACCAAUGCCAAGCUCAUGGUGGACGUCUUUCAAAUGGGUUUGAGGCUGAGACCGGACCAAGAUGGAGUCGUUAGUAAGGAAGAAGUAGAGAUGUGUAUAGAGGAAAUUACCAGUGGACCCAGGUCAGAGGAAUUGAAGAAGAAGGCCGCACAAUGGAAGGAAGAGGCUAGGAAGGCGGUGGCGCAGGGUGGAUCGUCAGAUCGGAACAUACAACUUUUUGUCGAUGAGAUAGUAGGGAAGUACAGUACCUCCUCGCCCACUCAAGGUGAUAUAAAAACAGAGGAGGAUGUGAUGCAGUGUGUGGAAGAAAAAUAAAAUCAUAUGACCUGUUAGUGGAUUUAUAAUUAGCUUAGUUUUUCAUUAAAACCAAUAUUACCUCCCUUUUGCAGAUUAGCAGUUAAAAGGAGACACGUUUUUCAUUUAACUAAAUGUUAAAUGUAGCAUUAGUUUUGCAUUUAAUGUUUAAAUAAUUAAUUGUUGUUCAUGUUAUAUAUAGUCUCAAUUCUUAAGUCAAAGACAUGAAGUUUUUUUCUCAAAA